AUGGACACAAGAGCCUCCCUCUCCAUUCUGCUGCUGCUCUUUGGCGUCUCACAGGCGUCUCCUCUCGAACGUUUUGAAGGAGUGUUUGUGUCAGAGCCGGAAAGUGUGGACAUCACUACAAGGAUUUUGGAGUCCAAUAACGGAUCUUCUGAAGUCUUGAUUGAAGGAGAUCUGGUGUUUCCCAAAACCAGAAAUGCUCUCUCCUGUUUUAACAACAACUGUUUCUGGAAGAAAAACUCUGACAACAUAGUGGAGGUCCCUUACACAGUGAGCAGGGAAUACUCUUCUUAUGAGAAAUCAGUGAUUGCGAACGCCAUGUCCACCUUUCGCUCCAAAACCUGCAUUCGCUUUGUGGCCAGAUCAACUCAGACCGACUAUAUCAGUAUUGAGAACAAAGAUGGGUGCUUUUCUUCUUAUGGUAGAACUGGUGGCAAACAGGUGGUCUCCCUCAGAAGGAAUGACUGUGUGUAUCACGGCCUCGUUCAGCAUGAGCUCAAUCAUGCCCUGGGCUUCUACCACGAGCAAACCAGGAGCGAUCGCGACAAGUAUGUCAUGAUCAACUGGGAGAACAUCUCUCCUGAUAUGGCCCAAAACUUCCAGAAACAAAACACCAACAACCAAAACACUCCAUACGACUACGGCUCCAUCAUGCACUAUGGAAAAACUACCUUCUCAAUCCAACCUGGCCUGGAAACCAUCACACCCAUUCCUGAUGAGACAGUGGAAAUUGGACAGAGCCAGGGAAUGUCCAACACCGACAUCCUGAGGGUCAACAAGCUGUAUGGAUGCUGA